AUGCAGUUCCCAAAGCUCACUCCCCUCCAAUCUCGCCUAGCAGCGACUCUUGCCGCUUCAGCCCUACUCGUACUACUCUUCUUCUCCCUUACGAGUCCUCAAUUCGCAUAUGCCGCAGAGCUCGACCCCAGAAUACCCCCUGACCACAAUCAUCCAAUCGCUUUAGACUUCUGUGGGACAAUGAUGGAAAUGAAAGAAGAAGAAGAAAGGGUUGCAUUAGACUGGGAGCCCCAUGAAUCGUCUAUACGCAAAGAUCUUGUUAGGAGAGCCCCUUCUGGAGUCUUUGCGCUGUCCAACAACGAUCCUCAGAGCAUGGAUAUUGGUGCUGGCCUAACGCAGAACUGGGUCUUCCCGAAGGAGGUGAUAGCAGGUCCUCCAGGAGUGAUUGGGUCUGGGCUACCGUCCGAAGAUAUUACAGAGGACGAAACAGCACAGACUCGAAGCGAGCUUCGAAAACGGCAGGAAAUCAAGACAGUCCAUAUCACGCUAAAUACUUGCAUGCAGCCUGCCCUCAAUACUUUAGCCUAUCCGGCCGAUAUAGGCGGUGGAAGCCCGCCUCAGCUACAGUUGUGGGUCUCACAGUCAUCUUCUCUUACAAAUCCUGGACCUGGCACACGAGACAAUCCUAAUCAGCAGAAUUUUGAUUUCGAUGGCGGCUUUGCAAUGUUUGAGGUUGAUACUGCCGAAGAUGUCUAUGUUGGAGUCUCAGCUCCAAAUACUACAAGUUGGACUGGUACUUGGAACUAUGAGAUUGCUGCUUCCAUCGAUGCUCCCUUUCAUACUAUUGAUGACAAUUGGGCGAACUUGUUCUUCGUCGAUGGCGAUAAUCACGCCGUUCUGCUAGUCACCAACGACACCACUCAGAGAAAUUCCACGUCCGAGAUCUACAAUCAGUGGAUGACUAUUGCCCCACCAUACGGCGUCUUUGCCCACAACCAGAAUGACUCCACAAUCUUAGGAGUACAGAGCUCCUUUUGCGGCUUAAAAAAUCAAGCUCAAAUCAUGGCCAACAUUCAGGGUGCCAACAGGCCAAACGUUGCCGGUAUGGUCAACCGAGGCCUCGGCGGCAAGCCCAAAGAGCAAUUCUACAUAACUGACCUCAACGUCAGCUCAGCGUACUAUGGCUUCCUUGCCAUGGAAGGUAACUCCACCGCCUCCGGCGCCGGGGUUGUGGGAGGUGGCGGCAAAGUCUGGAGAGCCAUGAAUUUCAGGACGAAAGCCGAGUCCAAUUGCGCCCUUCUCUACAAUCUAACCUUCUGUUCCGAAGUCGCCUACGCCGUCCCCUCCAACCCAGACAUCUUCGAUCCCUCCACGGGAGUCCCCGCCCUGGCAGCCCGCUACGAUUCGCACGCCGCCUCCUUAUACCAAAAUUUUAACUACUCGCUCCAACAAGUCCCCUGCAAAACCUCCAGCGUGCAACAGUACAGCCUCGCCCGCACCUGCGACGACUGCGCCCGCGCAUACAAAACCUGGCUCUGCGCGGUCACCAUCCCACGCUGCGAGGACUUCAGCUCCACGAAAUCCUACCUCAUGCCCCGCAACACGGCCGCAGAAUUCGUCAACGGCUCCUCCCUCUCCAACCUUACGGACCUCUACAACCCUGCCAAUAUCACCACCUGGCAAUCAAGGGUGGCGUCGAAUUCGAGCAGAAACCCAAUCAUAGAUUCCGAUAUCCGCCCGGGCCCUUAUAAGGAGGUUCUUCCCUGUGAGGAUCUGUGCUACGACCUCAUGCAGAGUUGUCCGGCGAGUCUGGGCUUUGGGUGUCCCCUUGAGGGGAGGGGGUUGGACGUCAGUUAUGGGAAGAGGGGUGGAGAUAACGGGGAGAUCACGUGUAGUUAUCUGGGGGCGGCUCAUUAUCUUAGUGGGGGCGGGAGGGUUGUCACGGGUCUAAAGGUCGGGGUUUUCAUGUUUGUGUUUUGGAGCGUGGUGCUUGGGUUAUGA